AUGAGUGAUAAAAGUGACGAAACACCAAAUUGUGCUUUAAAAGGCUACUACGGUAACAAAUUAAUUAAAACUAAUAGUUAUAUUGAAAAUCGAUUAUCGUCUCACAGGAUAGGAAAUUGCGAUGCAAGUCUUAUCAGAGCGUUACCGAGAAUGCCGAAUUUAGCUCCAAAAAGUGUCUUUGGACAAACCGAUAAAACUGGACUUUGCAGUUUCGAUCAUGAUGAUUUGGUGCAGCCGAUUUCCAAAUCUAUAUUCAACCCUAAAGUGCAAAUGCCCAGCGAAACGCUACCGGGUACGCUGCCGAAAACCAUCUAUGCGGAACGGUUGAAAAAGUUGUACUCUUCGUUUUCGUUGCCGAAUUUGUUGCAAAACGCCGGCGUGACGGCCGAUCAAUUGGUGUUCACCGACGUCGAUCGUGAUGGAUAUUUCAAAUUAAAAACCAUGAAGAGCGGAAAACUGACGCCGUUGUGGUACCACGACAACACCGAGUUCGACGUGCGCAACUCGGACGAAUGGAUAAAAUUAGCCUAUUCCAACGGGAUCCAAUGGCCGGUGCCUUGUGACGUUUAUUUGCCCGGCAAAUCCGACAAAAGUGGUGGUCCCGGAUGUUACGCGUGGGUCAACGCCAACGCCAUUGCCUAUGAUCCCGCGUCGAGGACAUACUCGGUGAUGUUGCCACACGAGACCGACAACGUGAUCACGAACGUCCCGAGAAUCCACGUUUACUUCAAAGGCGAAGACCCGAGGGUGCUCGUGGAGAGAAUAAAGAACGCAAUCGCUAGACGCGAAUGUCGUGAAAAAUGUUUGAUAUAUUUAAAACCUAAUUAUAAUAAAUUACUCUUUACUGCUAUGAUAAUAUUUAAAACACCUAUUAGGGAAUUUAAGACUAUCAAUUGGCUAAAGGAUUUUUGGGUAAGAGGAGUUGUCAGCAAAUGUAGUUUUGCUUUUUCCGAUGUCAAAAGCGGAUGGUUUGAUAUUUCUCAAACGAGUUUCGACGUUUACAAUGGUUCGAAACUGAAAAAAUUAAUGAGACUGCUUCAAUUUCUAAUGCAAAGCUACUUGCGGGAAAUCGUGUUGAAAUCGGCCACGAGUUAUGCACGUUUAAUCGAACAACCGUGUGUAAAAAUUAAAGGGAUAAGCGAUGAUUUCAUCUGGGGAAGCGAUUUAAUUAACUCGCCGUUCGAUUGGAAAGGUGAUCCGAUAUUUUAUCUGUUAAUAAACAUGAACGAGAACGAACCGUUCUAUUCGACCGAUCCGGACAGAUUUGAGCCAAUCGUUGUAAAUAUGUUCAGAACCGGAAUAAUCCAAAGUCACAACGUGCCGUUGUUUUACCCAAUUUUGCUGCCUAAAAUAACGUUCUUCAACAAACCCAAUUUAACGUCAAUUGGUCUGCUGGAAAAAGAAAUUGCAAAACAACAGAAAAAAAUUGAAACGUGUAUACGUUCGGCUAUAAUUCCGUUAAAAGCGUAUUGUAAAGAAUUCUCCGUUUACUUGCCAUUAUUCAACACCAACGUCGAUUCGUAUGUUCAGAAAUUUUUCGACGGUAGUCCGUUUCCCAGUCAAGUGAAAGAGGAGGUACAAAUGCAUUUGAAGAUGAAAGCAAAUAUCAAGAAAGUACUUCCAUCGAAUAUAGCUAUAGGUCCGUUUUUUAUAAAUGUCGAGUCGUUAAAACAAAUAUUGAUGGAUAAAUGUAGACAAUUGGCUAACUCGAUAAUGAAAAAGUACGCCGCUAUGACGACGGAAAAAUUGGAAAUAUGCAGCGAAGAGUAUAAAGGCAUAUUUCUAAGGCUUGGCGACAAUCCAGUAUCCAUCGAACAAGUAUUCGAAAUAAAAGAAUGGAUCGAGACGAUACCGUUUUUGGUGAAAACCCAAUCCGACAUUGUGCAACGAUUAGUGAUGGAAAUUGAAAUAUUAGAUGCGUUUUGGUGGGUUCUAGACAAAGAACAAUCCGACAUCAAAUGGGAAGCUAUAAUUUUUCCAUACAAUCUCGAAGCCAAGAUCGAGGAGACCCUACAAAACUUAGCUCUAGAAACUGAGAAAUUCGAAAAAAUACAAUUCGAAGACGAGCUGACAUUACAAAAUAAAGUGGAGUACAUCACCGGCAAUAUACUAAAACUGACGCUCGAGGACAGCUUGUCGAGAGUUUUCGAGGUCGCCGUGGACGUUGCCAAAAAUUGGAGUAUGAUCAAAGAACUUCAAAAGUUUGGUCAAACUCUAAACCAGAGGCAGAGACUUUUCGGUCAUCAAGUUACACCAUUCGACAACGUUAGAAAAUUGGUCAAAGAAUUCGAACCGUAUCGAGAUUUAUGGAUAAACGCAGCAGAUUUUCUUAAAAUGCAAACUGCGUGGACACAAAAUCCUUUAUCGAAUAUCGUCGGUGAUAGUAUAGAACCUAUGUGGAGCGAUUUCCUAAAGGUUAUAACUAAAUGCACAAAACUGUUUGCUGAAAUUCCAGGCGCCCUGAGCGUUGCUAAUGAAAUUAAAGAAAAAAUUGAAGAUUUCAAACCAAAAGUGCAAUUAUUAAAAGACGUGUUAAACCCCGGAAUGAAACAAAGGCACUGGGACGCGUUUGCCCAACAAACCGGAGUCGAAAUUUCAAUGUCUCCAUUAUUGAAUUUCGACAAAUGUUGGACCUUGGGGGUUGGAGAGUUCAGUGAAGAGUUAAAGCAGAUUUCCGACAACGCUUCAAAGGAGUUCACCAUCGAAGGAGCUUUGGAAAAAAUGAAAAAAGAAUGGGAACACGUUAAGUUACAGAUGCAAUUGUACAAAGAUACGGGCACGCACAUCAUAAAAAUAUCCGACGAAGAACUACAAAUGCUCGACGACCAUAUACUGCUUACCCAACAGUUAUCGUUUAGUCCGUUCAAAGGAGUGUUUGAAGAGGAGCUGAAUAAAUGGGAAGAGGAUUUACGACUGUCUAGGGAAGUCAUCGAAGCUUGGAGCGAAUGCCAAAAGCAAUGGAUGUACUUGCAACCAAUAUUUAUUAGUCCGGAUAUCAAAGAACAGUUACCAGUGGAAGAAAAAAAAUUUAGCCGAUUUGAACGGACUUGGAAACGAAUCAUAAAAUCGGCAAUGGAGAGAGCUUUCCUGAUGACUAUAUGUCCGGAUAGAAGAUUGCUCGACAUUUUGGUCGACGGCAACAUCCAGCUGAACAUAGUCCAGAAAGGACUUGCAGAUUAUUUGGAAACGAAAAGAUCUGUUUUUCCGAGAUUUUAUUUUCUCAGCGACGAUGAACUAUUAGAAAUACUGUCUCACGCCAAAAACCCGCUAGCAGUCCAACCGUUUUUAAAAAAAUGUUUCGAAAGUAUUUUCAAGCUUGACUUCGAAGCAGAUCUAAAAAUCAUAGCCAUGUAUUCCGGAGAAGGAGAACGAGUUAAAUUAAAUCCAGCCAUUUACCCGAGAGGUACCGUCGAAUAUUGGUUGUUAGAAGUCGAGAACACAAUGCGAGCAACUCUGAAAGAAUCGUUCAGAGGAUCUUUGGCCAAAGUGGAAAUUACGCCUAGAAAUAAAUGGGUUUUCGAAUGGCCAGGUCAAGUAGUAAUAGGUGUAUCACAGACUUCUUGGACUGCACACGUCGAGCACGGCAUCAUGACGAAUACCUUGAAAAAUUACUACGAAAUCAUGUUGUCUCAAUUGACCGGAUUAAGAACAUUAGUCGUCAGUCCACUAAAACCCUUAGAACGUCAAGUUUUGUCCGCUCUGAUAGUUAUCGAAGUUCACGCAAGAGACGUGCUGUCGAACUUGGUAACGCUAAAAAUUAAAAAUGUCAAUGAUUUUGACUGGAUUAGUCAAUUGAGAUACUACUGGCUGAGUGAUAUAGGAGAAGUGGUCAGAGCCGUCAACGCUCAGUUUCCGUAUGGAUUUGAAUACCUAGGAAAUUCUGAUCGUUUGGUUAUAACACCAUUGACUGAUCGCUGUUAUCUUACAUUAACCGGAGCGUUACAUUUAAAAUUUGGAGGCGCUCCUGCAGGACCAGCUGGUACAGGAAAAACGGAAACGACCAAAGAUUUAGCUAAAGCGUUGGCGAUUCAAUGCGUCGUGUUUAAUUGUUCAGAUCAGUUGGAUUUCAGGGCGAUGGGUAAAUUUUUCAAAGGAUUGGCAAGUUCUGGAGCGUGGGCUUGUUUUGAUGAAUUCAACCGGAUAGAUAUCGAAGUACUUUCCGUCAUUGCGCAACAAGUAAUGACUAUUCAAAAAGCGUUAAUGGGCAGAUUGGAAAGAUUCAUGUUUGAAGGAGUGGAGAUUUCGCUAAGACAAUCGUGUUCCGUGUUCAUAACAAUGAAUCCAGGAUAUGCAGGAAGAACUGAACUGCCCGAUAACCUGAAGGCACUGUUUCGUCCUGUCGCGAUGAUGGUACCGGAUUAUACGUUGAUCGCUGAAAUAUACCUGUUUUCGUAUGGAUUCAACGACGCCAAACAAUUAGGCGGUAAAAUCACAACAACGUUUAAGCUCAGCUCUGAACAACUCAGCAGUCAAGAUCAUUACGACUUUGGUAUGCGUGCUGUGAAAACGGUGAUAAUCGUUGCUGGAAAUUUAAAAAGAGUUAACCCCGACAUGAACGAGCAGCAAAUCGUUCUCAGAGCUUUGAGAGAUGUAAACGUACCGAAAUUUUUGAAAGACGAUCUUAAGUUGUUCAACGGUAUUGCGUCUGAUCUAUUUCCACAAAUGACACAACAAGGUAUCGACUACGGAUCUUUAGAAAAAUCUAUUAGAAAUGUUAUUUUGAGUUUCGGACUUGAAGAUGUCGACGAUUAUGUAAGAAAAGUAAUCCAACUGUACGAAACGACAGUAGUAAGGCACGGGUUAAUGUUGAUCGGGCCAACUGGAUCGGGAAAAACAAAGUGUUACGAGAUAUUAAAGGAAGCAUUGACUAGUCUUAAAGGAACACCUUCGCCAAGUGGAGCUUUGUACGUGACCGUACAUACGUUUGUACUUAAUCCAAAAUCAAUUACAAUGGGCCAACUGUACGGAGAAUUCGACAUGCUCACCCACGAGUGGACUGAUGGUAUUCUAUCGUUUCUGGUUCGCCUAGGCAUUUCAGCGGAAGACUCGGACAAGCGUUGGUACGUGUUCGAUGGGCCCGUCGAUGCGGUAUGGAUUGAAAACAUGAACUCCGUGUUGGACGACAACAAAAAAUUAUGUCUGAGCAGCGGAGAAAUAAUGAAAGUCACUGACAAUCAGCUGAUGGCAUUUGAAGUCGAAGAUCUGGCAGUCGCUAGUCCGGCCACGGUUUCUCGAUGUGGAAUGGUUUACUUGGAGCCGGCCGUGUUAGGGCUAAAUCCAUUUAUAAACUGUUGGAUAAAAAAGUUGCCAAAACCGGCAUUACAUCUAAAAGACGAUAUUCUAAAGCUAAUAGACUUCUACGUGAUCCCUGCGAUAGAACUCAACCGUCAGAAGCUCAGAGAGAUAAUUACAUCCGUUCAAUCGGCGUUGCUUAUGUCAUGUUUGAACAUGAUUACUAUCAUGUUGAGACCCGUAUCCAACGCUGACGGCAAACCAGUGCCUCCAGCACCGAUUUUGGCGUUGAUGCCAAAUUUAUUACCGUGCUGGGUAGUUUUUGCUGUCAUUUGGAGUAUAGGAGCCACAUGUGAUCAAAAAUCUCGUUUGGUCUUUUCCAGUUGGCUAAGGAAACGGAUGAUUGCCGGCGAACAUCCGUAUAAAUUCCCCAACGAAGGAGUGGUACACGAUUAUAAAUUACACGACGGUGGAUUCACGAUGCCGACCGAUGACGGAGAACCAUCUGCUCCGAAAUGGAUUAACUGGAUGACUAAUGUCGAAAAAUUUGAAUUCACCGAAGAAACCACUUAUUCGGAAAUCGAAAUACCGACAAUAGACAACGUUCGAUCAUCAUUUAUAAUAGAAAUGCUAUUGACAACUGACCAUAACGUCUUGAACAUUGGUCCUACUGGUACAGGCAAAACACUGACCAUCAUGUCUAAGCUCUCGCGAAACAUGCCCAAAAAAUAUCUGGCGGACUUUUUGAAUUUUUCUGCACGCACGUCAGCCAAUCAAACUCAAGACGUCAUUGAUUCAAAGCUCGACAGACGAAAAAAAGGGGUGUUUGGACCUCCGAUAUUAAAAAGACUUAUACUAUUCAUAGAUGACUUUAAUAUGCCAGCACUCGAAACGUACGGAGCUCAACCGCCCAUCGAGCUCAUUAGACAGUGGAUGGACUUUGGUGGGUGGUAUGACAGAAGAAAUAUUGGCGAGUGGAAAACAAUAAUUGAUGUGAACUUCAUCGCAGCCAUGGGGCCGCCCGGAGGAGGCCGUAAUAACAUAACACCAAGACUUCUAAGGCAUUUCCAUUAUUUAGCCUUUACGGAAAUGGAAGAAAGCAGUCAAUCGAACAUUUUUGGUCAAAUUAUACAAUCGUGGACGAAAAGAAACGACAAUUUAAACACAUUAUGGAAGCCAAUCCUUCAAAUGUCAUUGGACGUUUAUAAAACAAUUUCAUCCGACUUGUUACCAACACCGGCAAAAACCCAUUACACGUUUAACUUAAGAGACUUAAGCAAAGUAUUCCAAGGGAUCUUGAUGUCGAAUCCUGACGUGAUUGCCACUCGAGAAGAAUUGAUAAGGCUUUGGUACCAUGAAAAUUGUCGUGUGUAUCAAGAUAGGUUGAUCAACGACGAAGACAGAAAUUGGUUUGUCAAGUUGCUGCACAACAAAAUCACUGAUAAAUUUGGAAACGAUUUUGUGUCACUGGUCACUGAUCAAAUAAUAUUUUGUGAUUUUAUGGACCAGUCCUUAGGAAUUAAAUCGUACCAAAGAGUCACGAAUUUUACAGAGCUUUUAAAUGUGAUCCAUAGCCAAUUAGAAGAAUACAAUUUCCAAACUACGUCGAUACUCAAUUUAGUUCUUUUCGUGGACGCCGUGGCUCAUAUUUGUAGAGUAUCUCGCAUAAUUAGACAACAGCACGGUAACGCACUGUUAUUAGGAAUGGGCGGUUCAGGCCGUCAAAGUUUAACGAAACUUGCUACGUUUAUUGCAAAACUUCACAUCUUUCAAAUACAGCUAACGAAAACCUACGGAAAUAUCGAGUUUAGAGAUGACAUAAAGAUAUUAAUGCUCAGAGCCGGAUUAUACAGAGUAGAAAGUGUAUUUUUGUUUAGCGACACGCAAAUUAAGUCCGAAUCGUUUUUAGAAGAUAUCAAUAACAUGUUGAGCUCCGGUGACGUUCCCAAUAUUUAUCAAGGAGACGAAUUGGAUAAAAUUAUGCAAAACAUGAAAGGUCCGGCCACCGAGAUAGGGUUGCUGCCCACUAAAUCUAACCUGUUUAGCUUGUAUUUAAAACAAGUCAAAAAUAAUCUACACUGUGUCCUUACAAUGAGCCCUUUAGGUGAAGUUUUCCGAGCUCGAGUACGCCAGUUUCCCGCUCUGGUCAACAACUGCACUAUUGAUUGGUUCAGCGAUUGGCCAGAAAGUGCACUAAAAAGUGUCGCACAUCACUUUUUAUCCGAAGUCGAUGACUUGAAAAAAAGUCCAAAACUAUUCGAUGGUGUAGUAGAUAUAUUUCAAUACAUGCAACAGAGUGUAAUGGACGAGAGUAUUUUGUAUCUACAAGAAUUAAACAGGCACAUAUACGUAACGCCCACUUCGUAUCUGGAACUUCUUAGAUGCUACAUAGACAUGCUGCAAGAGAAGAAACAAGAAAUCACGGACUCGAUGAACAAGCUACAAACCGGGAUGGAUAAAUUGCUCACUACUACUGAAGAUAUAAAAAUUAUGCAAAUCGAAUUAAUUGAAAUAAAGCCAAUUAUCGAAGCUUCUCGAGUGGAAGUUGGGAAAAUGGUUGUAAACAUAGAAGCGGACAGGGAAAUUGCUGGAGCUAAAAAAUUAGAGGUCGCUCAAGUGGAAGAAGUCGCGACCAGAAUAGCAGAAGAAACCCAAGAACUGGCCAGGGACGCUCAAAGAGACUUAAACAAAGCACUGCCGAUGUUGUUGGCGGCUGAAGAAAGUCUUAAGUCGUUGAACAAAAAUGACAUAUCAGAAGUGAAAGUUCUCAAGAGACCACCGGCUGGCGUGGUCUUGGUGUUAGAGACUAUAUGUAUUAUGAAAGAUAUUAAACCCCUUAAAGUAGCAGGUGGUGCUUUGGGUAAAAAAGUGUUGGAUUAUUGGGAGCCGAGUCGCAACAUGAUGGCUGAUCCGGCGGCUUUUUUGAAUUCGUUACUGAAUUACGACAAAGAAAACAUGACCGAAGCUCUCAUUCAAAAACUGGAACCUUACAUCGAGAAUCCGAAUUUCCGUCCUGAAAAAAUUAUUACAGUUUCCAAAGCGUGUACUUCUCUUUGCUCUUGGGUGCACGCUAUUUAUAAAUAUUAUUUCGUGAACAAAGAAGUCAAACCGAAAAAGGAAGCGUUGGCGGCGGCUAAUUUACGACUUAAAGCGGCCGAAGACGAGCUGAACGGAGCUCAAAUGCAAAUGAAAGAAGUCAUGGACGGACUUGAGUUGUUGCAAAAAAACUUAAAUGACGCAAUGGACAAAAAAAAUAAAUUAGAAGCAAAAAGCAAGCUUUGCGAGGAUCGGAUGGAUCGAGCUUUGAGACUAAUCGAUGGCCUCGCUAACGAACGAGAACGUUGGAUACAGCUUAUAGCCAACUAUAAGGUGUUUUUGGUGAACAUCAUUGGUGACAUAUUAAUUUGUGCCGGUUCGAUCGCAUACUUGACGCCAUUCACGGACAAGUACAGGAAAUCGCUGCAAGACCGUUGGAUGGAUAUGAUGGAAGACCGUCAAAUACCUCGUUCGGCGAACAGUAAUAUUAUUUCUAUACUGGGAGAACCCGUCACCAUCAGACAUUGGCAGAUGGCUGGUUUGCCCAGAGAUGAUUUUAGCGUGGAAAACGCCAUUUUAAUGUUCAACUCCAAACGGUGGCCGCUCAUAAUCGACCCACAAGGACAGGCGAAUAAAUGGAUUAAAAAUUUAGGCAAAACCCUGAUGAACGGUAUAUCGGUGUGCAAGCUCUCCGAUAAAAGUCUAUUGCAAGAACUGCAGACCGCAGUGAGGAGUGGCAAAACGUGUUUAAUCGAAAACAUUGGCACCGAAUUGGAUCCUGCGAUGGAUUCACUGUUCUCGAGAUCGGUCUUUAUACAGGGCGGUGUCCAAGUCAUUAAGAUCGGCGAAUCCAUAGUACCGUACCACAAAGACUUCCAACUGUUCAUAACCACUAAAUUGCCGAACCCUCAUUACUUGCCUGAAGUUUCGGUAAAAGUCAUAAUCGUCAACUUCACUCUGGUGGCCAGUGGUCUGUUGGACCAACUUUUGGCUAUCGUCGUCAUGCAGGAGAGACCGGACCUGGAAGAAAUGAGAUCGGCCAUUGUGGUCGGAGUCGCUCAGAUGAAAUCCGAGCUUAAGGAAACGCAGGAUAGGAUAUUAAAGAGGUUAACGGCCGCCGAAGGGUCUCCAGUAGACGACCUUGGACUGAUAAUGAUGUUGGAGUCUUCCAAGUUGAAAAGCGACGAAAUUAUGCAAAAAGUUAGAGCGGCCGAAAAAACCCAAAUCGAUAUCGACGAAACGCGUGCCUUAUAUAUCCCGGUUGCAAAUCGAGGUCAACUACUCUACUUUUGUUUAGCCGAACUUCCCGUGGUGGACCCAAUGUACCAAUACUCGUUGAAUUGGUUCAUAGGACUUUUCAUAUCCAGCAUUCAAGAAACUGAUAAAUCAGAAAAUAUCGAAGAACGUGUUAGUACUAUUAACAACCACUUUACGUUUAAUCUUUACUGUAACGUAUGCCGAUCGCUGUUUGAACGUAACAAAAUGCAAUUUGCCGUAUUAUUGUGUGUUCGAAUCAUGAUUGAAGCCGGUACAAUAAACUUCAACGAAUGGACAUUUUUUUUGGCCGGCGGUGCUCCCUUAACGGAAGAACCUAAUCCGGCGCCUAGUUGGCUUCCCGAUAGAGCGUGGAAAGAGAUACAAUCGUUGGCUAAUUUACCAGUUUUCGUAAAAUUUGUAGAGAAUUUUGCCGUACAGUCACCUCUGUACAAAAAAAUAAUCGACUCACCGGAACCACAUAGGGAAACUUUACCGCCUCCUUGGGAUAAACAGUUUGAUUAUUUUCAAUUUGUAAUGAUACUAAAGUGCUUGAGACCCGACAAAGUGUUAAACGGAUUACAGGACUUUUUGAUAAGAAAUAUCGGAGCACGUUUUGUCGAACCACAAUCGUCCGAUCUCGGCGAAAUGUACAAAGAUUCGACGCCGACGGUGCCCCUAAUAUUUAUUCUCUCUGUCGGCACGGAUCCGGCCAGCGGGCUGUACAAGUUGGCCGACAAAAUGAAAAUGACCAAGCGGUUCUUUUCGAUAUCGCUAGGUCAGGGCCAAGGACCUCUUGCCGAAAGUCUUUACGACGAGGCCAUCACGGCCGGCAAUUGGAUUUUCUUUCAGAACUGUCAUUUGUCGCCUAGCUGGAUGCCGCGAUUGGAGUAUCUGGUGGAAUCCAUAUCGCCGGACCAUGUGCACAAAGAUUUCCGUAUCUGGUUGACAUCCAGUCCGUCGCCGUCGUUCCCUGUGUCCAUAUUGCAGAACGGUUCGAAAAUGACUAUCGAACCACCUCGCGGAGUCAAGGCUAACUUGCUGCGAGCUUUUACCGGACCCAUCGCAGAGUACGCGACCUACAUGUCGUCCGAAGAGGAGAAGACGAAAAACUUCAAAUGGCUCCUAUUCUCGUUGUGCUUAUUUCACGGCGUGUGCUUGGAACGACGCAAGUUUGGCUCUCUGGGUUUCAACAUAGCCUACGAAUUCACGGACGGAGACCUGCGGAUAUGCAUCAACCAGCUGUUCAUGUUUCUCAACGAGUACGACACCGUUCCUUACGAAGUGCUCAAGUACACCGCGGGCCAGAUUAAUUACGGCGGCCGAGUCACCGACGACUGGGACAGACGGUGUGUGAUGAACGUCUUGCAGGAUUUCUACGACCCGGCCGUCCUCAGUACGACACACGCGUUCGACGCUGAAACCUAUUACUAUCAGCAGUCGCCCGAAGCGGACUACGACGAUUACUUGGCUUACAUCAAAACGCUGCCCGUCAACGACGACCCGGCACUUUUCGGAUUGCACUCCAACGCCGACAUCACUUUUGCUCAGUCAGAAACUUACAGAACUCUUGGUAUUUUGCUGUCCUUACAACCGCGUACGACGUUGGCUAGUUCUUCAGACGGGGAGGACGUACUAAACAACAUGGCACAAUCACUUUUGCGAGACAUACCAGAUCCGUGGCCGUCUCUAGGUUUGAUACUAGAAAAAUACCCAGUAAUGUACGAAGAGUCGUUGAACACAGUGCUCAUGCAGGAGCUGGUCAGGUUCAACCGGCUGCUGUCGAUAGUCCAGGAUACGCUCAAGAGUCUUUUGAAAGCUCUCAAAGGUUUGGUAGUGAUGACCGACUCUCUGGAACAAAUGAUGAAAAGUGUAAUGACCAAUCAAAUACCUUUGAUGUGGGCCAAACGAGGGUAUCCUUCUCUGAAGCCUUUAGGUGCGUGGGUGGUCGAUCUGCGAGCUCGCGUGGAGUUCUUGAACAAAUGGAUCGACAACGGAAUCCCAUCGAGCUUUUGGAUAUCCGGAUUCUUUUUCCCGCAAGCCUUUCUGACCGGUUGUUUGCAGAACUAUGCUCGCAAGAACGUCUUGUCCAUCGACGCCAUUCAAUACUCAUUCACGGUGUUGGACAGUGCCCCUGACAAACGACCCGAAAACGGAUGUGUGAUAUACGGUUUGUUUUUGGAAGGCUGCCGGUGGAACGAACAGCUCCGCACAUUGGAUGAAUCCAGGCCUAAAGAACUUUACACGGAAAUGCCUCCCAUUUGGCUGAUACCGGAACAAGGUCACAAACUCAAAAGCGGAUUUUACGUUUGUCCCAUUUACAAAACACUGACCAGAGCCGGUACUCUGUCGACGACUGGCCAUUCGACCAAUUUCGUGCUGUCAAUAGAAGUGCCCAGCAAUCAACCGCAGAGCCAUUGGGUGAAAAGGGGCGUAGCUCUUAUUUGCGCUUUGAAUUAUUAA